UUGGCAGUGUCAAUUACCGGAGAAGACCCGCACGAGAAGACCCAAUUACACGAGAGAGCCCCGGCCAUAUAUGGAGUGAUACAUAGAGGAGUGAUAUGCAAUGCCGCCAUUAUUGAGUAAAAAUCUGUUUUCUAAUUCAACAUGUCGGACCAUUUUAAAGAUAUUUAAAAAGUGAGAUCUAUAUGACAAGUUGGCUUAAGGAAGGAUUGGGAGUUUAAGCAUUGCCAAUAGAAAAUGUCUGAGACUACUAAGGAAAAAUACAGCGCAGAUCGUGCAUAACAUAUGGGUUCUCUAUUAUGACGUCAUGUGAGUCCCCAAAUAUACCUUUUACCGUCUUUCGAUCCCGAUUUCUCCAAGGUGUUGGUUUCGAUUCCGUGAUGAUACUUUUGUACUUUGGCGUGGUUCUGUGGAACGUCUUAACGCUUUUUUCAGUGUCCUAAACACAUUCGAUCAGCAAUUACAAUUUACUAUGGAAAUUGGAGGGCGUAGUUUGCAUUUUCUUGAUCUAUUUAUUACUAUUGUUAAUAGGAAACUGGUUACUUCUAUCUAUAGUAAGCCCACUGAUGCCCAUUUAUACCUUAGCGCUCAGUCAUCGCAUCCUAAGUCUCAGAUACGGGGUAUAGCUAAAGGUGUAGCUCUUAGGUUAAGACGUAUCUGUUCUGAGGAUAGUGAUUUUCUUGCUAUUAGUAAAAUAUACGCUAAGUAUCUGAUAGAUUGUGGUCAUAAUAGUACUCAUGUUAACCAGGUAUUUGAGGAAGUGGGUUCGAUGACUCGACAUGAAGCGCGAAAUAAAAAACCCAAAUCUAGAGGUGGGAAAUGUGUAUUUGUAACCAAAUACAAUCCUCACGCACCCAACAUCGCCAGCAUUUUGGCUAAACACCGUGAUAUCAUUGACACAGAUGAGCGUGCUAGCGCUAUUCUUCCCAAGGAUUCUAUCCAAGUAGCAUAUACCAGGGGUGCUAAUUUGAAAGAGCUGUUAGCCCCGUCUAACCCUUAUCGUAUUAUUGGGCCUGUUGGUCAAGGUUGUAUUAAAUGCACUGCCAGGAGAUGUGAUUGUUGUCAACAUUUCUUAAAACCUGGUGGUGAGUUUGUGUCAGCCGUGACGGGGAGAAAGUUUAGUAUUCGUAAGACUUUGACGUGUACCUCUGAGCAUGUUAUUUACCUAGCUGAGUGUGUGGCUUGUAAUCUGCAGGGCAUUGGUUCUACUAUUAAUUUCAAGCCCCGUUUAGCUAAUUACAAGUCCCACAUUAAACAUGGUCGUAGAACAUGCGGUGUAGUUAACCAUUUUAUUGAUAAGCAUGACAAUAAGCAUUUGAAAUUGAAGUUUAUGUUGAUUGAUCAAAACAAAGAGGAUUUAAGAAAGUGUGAGAACUUUUGGAUAGGAAUGUUACUGACUAAUUUGGGUGGUUUGAAUAGCACUCAUGACUUUUCUCAACAAUAGGCUAUAAUUUGUAUUAUGUAUUAUGCAUGUUCUUCUCCUUAUAUAUUGGACUUAUUUGUAUUAGUUAGUUAAUUUCUGAAGAAGGCUGCGGCAUGUGGCCGAAAAUUUAAGCUUAGUAUAUUUUUAAUAAAAUCUUUUAGUUUUACUUCUGGCCGUGGUAGUUACAAUUGUUUCCUAUAUGUCUUUGCUACCGAGCAGUGUGGG